UUUUUUCUACGUAAAUUAGGUGUUCUAAUUUGUUUUUGUAUAAUACAGUUUACCAUGGAAUGAUUUGCAAAAUUUACCAAAUGCACCAUAUGGAUACAGACUAGUGAUAUUGAGAGAAUUUGAUAUCAACAUUGAAUAACCUCUAACUGUGAAUACAGAAUGCCUUCGGUUUCAUUUGCUUCAGACACGCAAAAUACAAAUCCUGCGGGAAUGGAUACUAAUGUACGAAAACCACCAGCUCCAACUGGUUAUCAUGUGGACCGUGAAAAUGAAAGAUCAGGAAAUAUUUCAGACCAUACUCAUGAAUCAACCCAGUUACGUGUUCCAGCUUCGAUGCCAACAUUGGCGCGUGGAUUUUCUCUUGUUCCUGAACGUCUGGGCAAAAGAGGAUCCUAUAAACGUCAGGGUAACAAAGGAAUGUUUGGUUGUGAAGCUGCAAUGCAACUUUUAGCUUAUCUAGCUGCACUUUUAACCUUACCAUUUUCUCUAUUCAUGUGUCUAAAAGUGAUUGCGCAAUAUGAACGAGCUGUUGUAUUUCGCCUCGGAAGAUUAGUAUCAGAAAUUCCGAAAGGACCCGGUCUCGUAUUCAUUUUACCUUGUUUAGAUAAUGUCAAAACAAUUGAUUUGCGUACAUUCACAUUCAAUGUACCAACUCAAGAGGUUUUAACUAAAGAUUCAGUGACUGUUGCUGUUGAUGCUGUCGUCUACUAUCGUAUCUUCGACCCAGUGAUGUCAGUUGUUAACGUGGAAGAUGCCAAUCGAUCCACUCGUCUUCUAGCACAGACUACAUUAAGAAAUGUCCUCGGUACAGUGGAUUUGUAUCAACUUCUAACAGCACGUGAACAAAUUGCUCACUUAAUGCAAGAUUGCCUAGAUACAGCCACAGAGACAUGGGGAGUAAAAGUUGAACGUGUUGAUAUCAAAGAUGUUCGUUUACCUAUUCAACUACAACGUGCAAUGGCAGCUGAAGCCGAGGCAGCUAGAGAAGCGAAAGCUAAAGUUAUUGCUGCUGAAGGUGAACAACGUGCAUCAGUAGCUUUAAAAGCUGCUGCUAUGGAAAUUGGUGAAUGUCCUAUUGCUUUACAAUUACGAUAUCUACAAACAUUAAGUAGUAUUUCAGAUGAGAAAAAUUCUACUAUCAUUUUCCCUUUACCAAUUGAUCUGUUGAGUUUAUUCCAUCAAAAUUUCAAUGGAAACAAUGGAAGUUCCACGUCAAGAAAUGAUAGUGUACAAAGUACUAUAGGUAAUGAUGACAUAAAACGAAUGAUGGAACCUCCUCCUCCUCCACCACCACCACCACCAAGAGAAGUUCAAUCACAAUUAACUGCAUCACGUACAAUUACCACUAGUCAAAAAACUGAAUCUGCUGAAGAAGAUUUAAUUUAAUAACUUUACUAAUCAGAAUAUUCCAACAUACAUAAAGAAAUCAAUUCAUUACUAACAUUACUACGAUGAUUAUUAAUCAAGAAAUUGUAGUUUUCUUCAAAAUUUAAUAUUCAUUUAUUUCCUUUCAAUUUAUUUCAUGUUUUAUUCAUUCAAAAUGAAUGAGACUGAAACUAUUCAUUUGUUUUAAUUCACAUUGAAAAUGGAAAAUAAUUAUGUUUUGGAUUUAAUCAUGGAAUAUAUCAUGAAACAUAUAUAAGCAUAAAUUAUCAAUUAUAAUUUAAGAGAAAGAACAUUUCUUUAAAAAAUAAAACGUAUAAUAUUUUAACUUUUAAUCUAUGGAAAUAUAACAACAAAAAGAAGAAACUUUUUUCUUUCAAUCUCAUCAUUCAACUUCUCAUUUUAUAUGAACAUGUAAAAAUGGGUAAGGGCAACUAACAAUAAUCUGUUGAAUGUUAUUCUCUAAAGAUAGACAAUUCAUUUAAUGUGUUUUGUUGUUGUUGUGAACAACAGUUUCCACAUUCAUUCAACAACAAUAAAUCACAAUGAUGAUUAGGUUUCUUUCGGUUUUCUCUUUUUUCUCCAAAAAAUUGAAAUGAAGUCAUGUUUAGUAAAUUUAUGUAUUCAAUCAACAAAAAAGCGGAGUCAUCUCUUUUCUCUUCUUCUUCUUCUUCAUAUUUCUUUCUAUAUUUCUCUAAUUAACUUUGUAUUCAUCAAAAUGAGAUAUUCUAACAUUUAAUAUUGUUAGUCGACUUUUUGUUGAUUCAUAUGUUUCUACAUAUAUAUGUAUAUAUAUAUAUAUAUAUAUAUAUAUAUAUAUAUAUAUUAUCAUUCAUUGGUAAGUAAAUCAUUGGUUGUUGUAUUUUUUUCAUUAUGAAUGAAUAAUGUUCAAAGUACACUGUAUUACAUACAUUUCAAUAUGUAUGGUUUGACUAAAAUAAUCUCUACUCAUGUUAGUUCAUUUGUUACUAAAUUUUCGCAAAAAACAAACAAACAAACAAUACUCCAAACAAUUUGAUCAGGAUGAAUAGAAUUGAUGCAUUUAAUAUGACAUUAAAAAAGAAAAUUCCGUAAUUUCAAUUUCAUUUCAAUGACACAUUUAGCAAAUGUAAUGUACAUUGAUUGAAUCAUUUCAUUUGCUUCAUUCUUUUCCUAUUCAUUAACUAACUAAUUGAACAUUGUAACAUUGUGCAAAACUGGUACUGAGAAGAAUUUGACUAAACUAUCAAUAAAAAUAAUAUCAUUGAAAUGAUUAUUUAUUUGUAUUCAUUCAGUUGUAUAUCAC